UUUAAGGCAGUGCUGUUAGUGACGUAUAAUCGAGUGGACGGAACGCUUCUUUCAACAGCAGCAACAGUAAGUCAGCCACCUCGGUAGCUUGCUAGACAAACUAGCCGAAACAAUAAAGCUCUUUAGACGCUUUAGUGUUUAUAGGCCACUGUGUUUUAAACCCACUUCUGUGGUCUACUUAGUUGUCCGAUUUAAUUUCAUAUUUACGGUGUUGUUAUUAUUCAGCUAGCGGGCUGGUUAAGUUAGCAAUAGCCUAGCUAGCUAACAUCCCCGACCAUGAGUUCACUAAACUACUCUCCUUCUGCUAAAGAAGAGGCGGUCUGCUGGACGGAGAAAGAAUCUCUCGUUAAAGAGGAGGAGGAUAUCACAGUAAAACAAGAAGUAGAGGGUGAGGCUGUUACAGUGAAAGAAGAAGAGAAAGACGCUUUCAGAGUGAAAGAAGAGGAGGAUGUUACAGUAAAAGAGGAAGAAAAGUAUUUCAGAGUGAAGGAGGAGAAGGAUGCAUUUUUUGGAGUGAAAGAGGAAGAGGGGGAGAGGGGGACUGUCACAUUGAAAAAGGAAGAAGAGGAGGAAACUGGAUAUCUGGGCCCAGUUUCCCAAGGGCAUCUUAAGGCAUCCAGUGGCUCUAACGAUGAACGUGCCCUGGUUAACACGAGAGAGAGAUGUGACUAUCGUGGAUCCUCUGGGGAGCCUCAACAACAUCACGAUGCUGAUGAGGCAGAGGAGAGUCUCUCCACAUCAGAACACCUCAAGAAACACCAGUGGAGACCCACAGGAAAGAAAUCUCACUGCUGCUCUGACUGUGGGAAAAGCUUUUCAACAUCACAGAUUUUGAAGCUGCACCAGAGAACACACACAGGAGAGAAAUCUCAUAGCUGUGAUCAAUGUGGGAAGAGUUUUACUACAUCUAGCAAUCUGACUAUACACCAGAGAACACACACAGGAGAUAAAUCAUUUAGUUGUAAUCAAUGUGGGAAGAGUUACUUAAGGUUAAAAUCACUAAAAGUACAUAUGAGAAUUCACACUGGAGAGAAACCUUACAGCUGUGAUCAAUGUGGAAAGAGUUUUGUUCAAUCUAGCGAUCUGACAGUACACCAGAGAACACACACAGGAGAGAAACCUUUUAGCUGUGAUCAAUGUGGGAAGACUUUUAUUGCAUCUAGCAAUCUGACUAUACACCAGCGGACACACACAGGAGAGAAGCCUUAUAGCUGUAAUCAAUGUGGGAAGAGUUUUAUUACAUCUAGCCAACUGACUUCACACCAGCGAGUACACACAGGAGAGAAACUUUACCACUGUUCAAAUUGUGGGAAAAGCUUCUCAACAUCGCAGACAUUGAAGCUGCACCAGAAAACACACACAGGAGAGAAACCUUACAGCUGUGAUCAGUGUGGGAAGAGUUUUAUUACAUCUGGCAAUCUGACUAUACACGAGCGGACACACACAGGAGAGAAACCUUAUAGCUGUAAUCAAUGUGGGAAGAGUUUUAAUACAUCUAGUCAUCUGACUACACACCAGAGAGUACACACAGGAGACAAACCGUAUAGCUGUGAUGAAUGUGAGAAGAGUUAUACUGCAUCUAGCCAUCUGACCAGACACCAGAGAGUACACACAGGAGAUAAACCUUAUAGCUGUGAUCAAUGUGGGAAGAGUUUCACUGCAUCUAGUGAUCUGACGGUACACCAGAGAACACACACAGGAGAGAAACCUUUUAGCUGUGAUCAGUGUGAAAAGAGAUACUCUCGUAAAAGAUCUCUGAUCAAACAUCAGAAAAUACAUACAUGAAGGAGAUAUCUCAUGAUAUCAAUGAAAUAACAAUGUAGAAUGUUUUUAACAUUGUAGUAGGAGUAUUUUAAGGAAUUUCAUACUGUAGAACCCUAAACGUUUGCCCCAUUCAAUUGAUUUCAGCAUGAUAUGUAUAUUAGCCUCGGGAAAAAUCCUGGCUCUGAAUUGAAAGAGUGAUUUAAUAAAAAGUGACUAACACAAAAAGAGCUGUGUUACACUUAA